ACUAGCUAACUGUGUAUGGACAUGGGUCUUUCCAUUUCAUUUAAAAAUAGUCGAAUAUUUGUGACAAGUAUUGUUUUAAAUUAAUAUUUAAAUUGCCAAAGAAUAUCAACACUGUGUAUAAAAUAUAAAUACCAAUCACAGUUAAUAUGUAGCGAGAUAAUACACAAUUCCCAGCCUACACGCCAGUCCAGAAGAUGGCGGUUAUGUAGCUAAACGUUUGCCAAGAGCCGCAAAAAUUCACAAGAAGAAGGAAGCAAAGAAACGUCUGCUAAGCUAGCCCUGCAGCAGGAUUGAUUUAGCGAAAUAUGGCUGCUGUGCUGCCCGUCAGACCGCCCUGCGAUAGCAACCCCGCUACUCCUGGAGCACAAUCCAUAAAGGAGGAUGUAAUAGAAGAGGAGUCCAAUGAUGGUAGCCAGCCUCCCAAAAGACGAAGGAUGGGUUCAGGGGACAGCUCUCGAAGCUGCGACACCUCUAGCCAAGAGCUUGGCCCGACAUAUUUCCCAGCAGAGAACCUGACAGAGUACAAGUGGCCACCAGAUGACACAGGAGAGUAUUACAUGCUGCAGGAGCAGGUUAGCGAGUAUCUGGGAGUCACAUCAUUCAAGAGGAAGUACCCUGAUAUGGAGAGGAGAGACUUGUCCCACAAAGAGAAGCUUUACCUGCGUGAACAGAAUGUCAUCACUGAGACACAAUGCACUCUGGGUCUUACAGCUCUGCGGAGUGAUGAGGUGAUAGAUCUGAUGAUAAAGGAGUAUCCCACCAAACACUCUGAGUAUUCAGUCAUACUGCAGGAGAGAGAACGACAGAGAAUAGCGAAAGAGUACUCUCAAAUGCAGCAGCAGAAUCCACAGAGGGUGGAGGCCAGUAAGGUUCCUGAAUACAUUAAGAAGGCGGCAAAAAAAGCUGCAGAGUUCAACAGUAACUUCAACAGGGAGCGUAUGGAAGAGAGGAGAGCUUACUUUGACCUGCAGACGCAUAUUAUCCAGGUGCCUCAAGGCAGGUUUAAGGUACUGGCUCCAGAGCUGACCAGGACAGGGCCCUACCCUGUGGCUCUUAUACCAGGACAGUUCCAAGACUACUACAAAAGGUACUCUCCCAAUGAGCUGCGAUACCUACCGCUGAACACAGCUCUGUUUGAACCUCCACUGGAUCCAGAGCUCCCUGCACCGGACUCAGAGCCGGACUCAGACGACGCUGAGGAUGGAAAAGAUGACAAAAAGAACAAGAACUCAUCUGACAGUUCUUCAGGCAACACAUCAGACGUGGAGAGCCAGGAGGGAGGAGUAGGACAGGGCCACAAGUCCAAGGCCAAAGACAGGACAUCAACCCCGGGCAAAGACGGCAGCCUGCGCCACUCAGCCUCCCACAAAGUCACCCCAGGGUACAAGCCUAAGGUCAUUCCCAAUGCUAUAUGUGGCAUUUGCCAGAAGGGUAAAGAGGCCAACAAGAAAGGCAAGCCAGAGGCUCUCAUUCACUGCUCCCAAUGUGAUAACAGUGGCCACCCGUCCUGUUUGGACAUGAGCGAGGAGCUGGUGUGUGUGAUCCAGACUUACCGUUGGCAGUGUAUGGAGUGUAAGACCUGCACCGUGUGCCAGCAGCCCCACCACGAGGAUGAGAUGAUGUUCUGUGACAAAUGUGAUCGAGGGUACCACACAUUCUGCGUGGGCAUGGACUCCAUACCUACUGGGCUUUGGGUAUGUGAAGUAUGCGACAAAGAUUUCACCACACCCAAGAAGAAGGGAGGAGCCAAAACGCCUAAGAAGUCUAAGUCAGCUCAAAAAUGAUUAACGGCAUCUUUAACCACCAUAACUGACCAAAUUCUACACAGAUGCACUGUCAUUAGAUCAGUCAUUUGCAGGAGCUGUAAAAUUUUAAAAGACCAGAUCAUGGUUUAUCUCUAAAGCUUUCUUGGAGAAUGACUUAAAGGCCCAGAUUGUGAUCCAAAAAUUAAAAAAGUGUGUUUCUCCUACCAUAUACCAACAAUCAAACAUAAGAUCUCAACCUGCUGUUACUCUUAAUUGUUCGACAGGUCUUUUAAAACCGAGGCUACCACCAUAAAAUAAACUUAUUAUUUUCUGGGAAAGCUUGGAUGGCAUCAGUAAGGCAGGCCUGUAAUUUAAAUUCUUCUUUUCCCAUCUUUAAGCCAGAUGUAUGUGCUUGAAAAAAACCCAGAUUUCGCAUUAACUCUAGCAUAGCAACUCCUGUUCUGUACUGUUAGACUGACUGAACCUCAGACUUUGAAUAAGCGGCUAAACUGUAAAUCAAAUCCAUCCAUAUGUACUGCACAAAAUCUUGCAAACCUUUAACCACUAACAGUAUCAGUGUGUUCCUACAUCAUUAAACUAACGAAUCUUGUAGUUUCUUAACACGCCUGCAUUGGUAAACCAUUUGAUGGGAAAUUGUUUCAGUUGAACAAAUGGUGCUUUUGAUCCUGUGCUACUGACACAAUCAGGGUUCUCAAGAGCUUGCGGAUGAAAUUCAGUUUCUUUUAAAACAUUUUUGUAUGUUUUUGUAUCUUAUAAACUACAGUUUAAUAAACUCUUAUUUAAUGAGGCAGGCCAGUGAAGAGCAAUCUUAUUUAAACAAAGUCUUGUCUUACAUAAUGGCAUGGUGCUUGUGAUCCUGUGUAAUGAAAUACAGUAUAAUAGACACUGGCUGAGGUAGACCUCAUGGCUGCAGCAGUUUUCUGGUAUUUAUGUGAGUCUUGUUUAUCAAAACAAUCUUUCUCAACCCUUUACUGUUAAUUAUUGUACAAAAAUGUAACCACUCAUUGUAAUUACUUGGAUGCUAAUUCAAUUACAAUUCUAUCAGUUAUGAUUAUUCAACUGAUGUUUAUGCAGUCACCUUAACAAAAGCUGUUUUUGUUAUUUUUCUGAUAUUAUUUUUUAUCUAUUUUGUAUUGUUCUCCAAUAAGUUGGUUGUUUAAGGAAUAUUUGUUGCUAAUAAUGUCAUA